AGCUGAAAGCAGCUUCCUGCAGUCCGCACCUCUACUGCAUGGCACCAUGCAACAAGGCUGGCUAAAGGGGGAUACCACCUUGCUUUGUCUGCAGUUGGCUUGGGGUCCUGCUGGGGUUUACGGUGUGCAGACCACAACGUGGGCUUCAUCUGCUCGGCAUGCCAGCACAGGGGUUUGAACUGCCUUUGACAGCACCUCAUGGAGCCACAUUGGUGUGAUCCAGGGCAGUGGUGAGUGGGCCACCAGGAGGGAGGUGGGCUACCAGCAGGCAGGUGGCACAUAUGGAUGAGCACGUUCUGUGAGUCCCCAGGGAGGAGAGAAAUUGCAGCAGUGCUCAGGCCGCUCCAAGUCUUUUGAGCUGGACGUUGACCUUAGGAACGUAAUCAGAGAGCUGAUUAUAAAUAGUUGGUGCAGUUGUUGAUGGGAUUAAAAUGUGCUGCGGCAGGCAGCCGGUUGGAGGCAGGGGUUACUCCCGUGUGUGCCCAGGAUGCUGCGUGCUCAUUUGUCUAUGGCUGCACGUUGAGCCUGAAAAAGGGAAGUGGCUGAAAAACGCUAAGAAAAUCUUCCCAGAGAGGGGGAAGGAGGAAGUCGUGUGGCUUACAAAAGAGGGCUGAGGGACAUGGGGGAAGGGACCAGGGAGCAGAGAAUUAAUGAGGAAGGAGGACGGUCACUGCAAGUGUUCAGGAAGCAAAAUCCUCAAAGCAGGGGAAUGCCCUAGAUAACAGUGGUCAAAACCUCCAGGUAAACCACAGAUGGUGAUCUGUGUUCAGCUGGUGGUGCGUGAUGGAGCUGGGAGAAAAGGGAGGGAAAAGGAGCAGGGAAGGAAUUGCGGGAGGUGAGUAAUGGAGGUCAGAAAUAGUAUUUUAUCAACAUGAAGGUUUUGCUAACAAGGGGAAUGACUGGGGAGACCGUCUAGCUUUUAGUGUGAUGAGAGAACUGUGUAUGGAGCAGGCAGUGGUCCAUCUGUCAGCGGGGCAGGGGAUGGAGCUUAGUUUGCAUCUGCGGAUGAGGACAUCCUGGAGGUGAGGUGUGCUGAUACCAGAGAAGGAGAAAUUAGAAAGCAGAUAGCCAGAGAAUUUGGGGGAAAGUGAUCGUCUAAUCCCAGCACCCGCAGUGUAAUGGUGUGAGCAGUCACAGCUUGGUGCCACCAUGCUGUACCAUGGCAAGAAUCAGGCUGGGAGACAGUCUUUAACCUGGAGGGAACGUUUUACCUCCCCGAGUUCUGAGCAGGAGGAGAAAUCAAACGCUCUUUCCUGACAUGAGGUAUGGUGAUAGAAGUAUUAAAAAUAAUGCUUCUAUGAACAGCGAAACUUCUGUAGUCGAACUUCCUGUGGCUUCGUGCUUCCUGUUUAUGUUCCUUUUGUGCCACGCAUGGUGAGGGGUGAGCCCUGAGCGCAGCCUGCCCGAGGCUCUGCAUGCUCCUGCCCACAGGGCUGGAGAUGGGCACGGAGCUGCCGAGGGCAGAGAUGGGGCAUUCCCCGGGCCUCCUUGCUUUGGGAAUGCAGGGUGGUAACAGUCCCAGUGAGCCGUCCACUUUGGGUAUCCAGCACUGAAGUUACAUGUACAAAGUGUGGAGAGCCACACGUUCAGUUCAAUCCUCGGCUUUCCUCUGGACUUCAACUGCAUCUUCAUCACUUCACUUGAGAGAUAACGUGGCUGCGGUGGAGCUCACCGUUUCCCUGCUUUCUAAGAUGGAGGACCAUUUGUUUGGCCACCGUGUAAAGCACUGACUGCAGGCCCAUGCUAACACAGCUGCAGGAGCCACCCUUUUCCAACCCACUUUCGGAGCAUUGGGGACAUGCUUUUGGAGCAGCUUGGACAGGUGGUGAUGUGCUGCUGAAAGUGAAGGAGCUAAACGUGGCAUGGCUUUGAGCAGUCCUGGAUUCCUGAGGGUGACGGGUGCUGCUGGGACACCGGGCUGCACCCACAGAGCACUGCAGGCAGGGAGAGGUCGGGCAGAGCAUCACAGACACCUCAAAUCCCUGACUGGAGAGAGGGGAAGCCUGCCGGAACCUCACCCCCAGAGCUAAUAGCUUUGUGUAAAUGUUAUUUGCCAGAAUUCCACAAAGUAUUUACAGCUAUUUUAUGCGCACUGAAUGUUCGCUUGCCAAGGAAUGAUGGAUUACCCCUGCUUUGAAGCUGAUUGAGAACUAUUACCGUUACCGCCUUAUCAGGCUGUUACAUAUUAGCCCAAGGUACAAGACUACAAUGCUUUCCAAGAAAGAAAACUCCUGACUCGACAGCCAAAUUCACUGCAAAAGCGAAGUGAUGGUGCAGGAGCAAAAGAAACGCGAGGAAAUUACAUGUAAUUACCGUUUCUCCAGCUCCUUUAUGCGGGGAACAGGUGACUCAGCGUUCCCAUAGAACUACCUCCAUGGGAGAGGAGGAGCUCCGCCUCCACCUGGCAGCCGCCCGCCUUUGCUGCAGCUGUCUGCCUGCCGGACCUCCCCUUGGGGCUGCCGCUGCCGCUUAGCAGCUCAAUAGCACGCAUACCUGCGGAGUGCUCCUUCCCUGAGAAGGAGGAUUUGCCACCCGGCGUGGAAUGCUUUAAAGCAAGGUGCAAAUAUGUAAAUAAUUACCACGAGCAUCUGAGCUUUAUUUAUUUAUUUGUUUGUUUGAGUCCUCCCCCCCCCCCCGACUGAAUGCAUUAGUAGUGUCUAGCUGGGCUCCUGGGCCCAGCUGUGACCUACAGAGCCAAGGAAGCAAGCUUGCCCUGCUGCCUCCUAGCCCUGGAUCACCUUCUGGUUGUUGCUGACCUUCUUGGAGAUACACAGCAACCCUGCUGGGGGCUGACACACCAGGGCUCAGCACUUCCAGCUGCUUUGCUGCAAUGCCUCCCCACGAGCCCACCCCGGCGGGUCCCCAGCAGGAGGCCAAUCCUGGGAACAGAGGACUGCAAGUCGGUGCCGCCGCUGCCGGUUAUCUGCCCAGCCCUGGCAUCCCGCCUCGAGAGCCCCUCCUGGGCUGCGUUGGCUGAGCAAACCCGAGAGCGGGGCAACGGUCAGAGCGACAGAAAUGACUCGCUGGGGGAGAAGUGCAGCGAGAUGGGCUCCAGGAGAGAUGAGUCACUGCCGAGCUGCACUCCAGAAACAGCUCACAGAGCCAGCUGCUGCUGUUCGGAAGAUGAACUUACUGGGCUCUGCAGGCUGGCAACAGGGGCGCGGUAGAUGAGCUUGGCUUCAGCUAUUUCAGCGCACGCAGAAGGUGGAUCCAUUUGUGCCUGGGAAGAACGGGAAGCCGGGCGUGCAGAAGCUGUCCUGAAGCUCUGGUGGUCAGCCCGGGCAGCUCCAACACAGGCAGCGCUCCUUAUACCGCACUUACUCGUCUGUUAAUCAUUAAACACUGAUUAGAAAAGGCAAAACAGACAAUGCCUCGAAGGUGGUUCUGACUUUGCGGCCUUCCAGUACUUGAAGGGAGCUUACAGGCAGGAGAGGGAGUGACUUUGUACAUGGUCUGCUAGUGAUAGGGCAAGGGAGAAUGGCAUUUAACUACCAGAGGGAAGAUUUAGGUUAGAUGUGAGGAGGAAAUUCUUUACUCAGAGGGCAAUGAGGCACUGACAGUGCUGCCCAGAGCUGUGGGUGUCACAACCCUGGAGGUGCCCAAGGCCAGGUUGGAUGGGCCCUGGGCAGCCUGAGCUGGUGGGGGACACCCAGCCCACAGCAGGAGCUGGGGCAGGGGUGGCUUUGGGUCCCUUCCAGCCCAAGCCAUUCUGUGAUUCUAUGAUUCUAUGUCUUUGAAAUGGCUCUGUAUCUUGCAGUGGCCACUAUUACUUAAGGUAGAAGAGCCUAAAAUUAAACAUUUAUAUUUUGCUCCUUUACAGUUGGCUUCUUUGUUUUCAGGAUCACAUUCGGCCAUCGCCCAGUCUGUGCUGCAGGGUGAGACAGGGAAUGUGCCAAAGAGGAAAGGCUCAGGCUGUCUGUACCUAUCCCCACAGACAUGUGGGCACAGGGCACAGCCUGGUUUGCUGUCAGGAGGCAGCCUGAGCCAGAGGUGUGCUAAGAAGACUUCAAAUUCUUCUCUCUGUUCUGCUGGUGUAGGGGCUGGGAGGGUGACAGCCUGUGCUGCUGCUCUGCUGCCCAGUGCAGGCUUGCAGCAGCUAUGGAGGCAAUGAUGAGAGGUGGGAUGUUGGUUAGCCCACGUUGGCCCACCUGCCGAGGUGACGCCCUGGGAAGGUGCCACAGCUGGUUUGCUCCCCGUGCCCUUCUGCCCUUCAGUUCAACACCCCUAGCGUGGAGCUUCCUACUGGGAGAGCUCCCAAAGGGGCCUGGGCCCCUGCACAGGGUGUCCCUGCCUGAGCAGGACUGGGGCAGAAGGGCCAGAGGGGUCAGAGGGCCCUGUCCAGCUCAGCCACGCUGUGCUUCCAUCAUUCCUGCUAUGGGUUGUUAUUCUGCCUCUGGGCUCUUUCUGAGCGACUCCCCUAGCGGCUGGGUAAAGCAGCAGCUUAAUUAAUGAGGGCACCCACCUUUACAGAAGGUGUGAGAGGCUUUGUGUUGCAAAAGAAAAGCUUUAUUCUCACAUUGGUCUCUCUUUUUUCUUUUUUUCUGGCUCAUUUUUUUGGCACGUUUUGCAAACUGCACUCACUGCUGGCUGGAGAGGACUGUGUUUACAGUGUUGAUUAAAAAUAUCUUGCUCUGAGCACUUUCUUUAGAUAAUUCAGACAUUCCUGUUCUGAAGUCACCCCGAAACAUCCUUUCACAACACUAAAAUAGCAACAGGGUUUUUGUUUUUUUCCAUGCUGGAAUGGUUUGAUGUCAUUAUUACCAACAACAACAAAGCAGCGCUCCUACCAUCUACGCUCUUAGCCAUCGGAUCGGCGCAGCUGUAAUAACACAAGAGCUGAGGAGCACUCUGUAAUUGAGACACCCUCUUCAGGCUGUCGGGGGCAGAGCUCCCGGCCAGCAGCACCUAGCUGAGAGCAGAGGUGUCACACGGGUGAGUUUGCACCGAGGUGCCUUGAGAAAGCACUCCACAUGCUGCAGAUAGCAUCGGGGUGGUGCUGCUGGCACGCGGGACUGAGCAGUUCCCUAAAUAUUAUUAAGCUUCAAAAAUAAGCUGGAUGGCUUAUUUACCCUCCGGAACUUCACGGAUACCCAUUUUCAAGGAUUUUUUUUUUCCUUCUCAUAGAAAUCAAGGCCAGGCCAGAACAGUUAAUCUUCCGCGGACGGCAGGCAGGGUGCGAACGGAAUCAACUGAUUCCCUGUGGGAGAUGAUGAAUAGAGCGAGCUGCAAACCUUGGCAAUUCUGGAGAGAAAACGCUCUGAAUAUCUGACGCUCUGUGGUUAGAUCUUCUGAUUUGAGCGUUGCCAGGUCUGACUGAAACAGCAAGGUCAGGAAAGCUGGAACUCUGCUUUCGGGUGGGAUGAAGUCAUCGUUGGAGGCUCCGUGUCAAAAAGCGCUCCCGUUACCUUUCAGCAUGGUGCAAGUAUCGCAGCAGAAGGUUUAACUCCUAGUACGUCCCGUGAACCUCUCAUUGCAGAAGACACGGAGAGGAAUGUCCUUGCAACUGCCUUCGAGCGAGCCCUGAGAAGAUCAGGGGAAGGCAGCGGGAAGAAAUGGAAAGAGAGAGCUGGAAAUUCUACUGGUUAUUUUUCCUUCCUGGGUCUUCCGUGACCAAAAACCGUGAGUGUCAUUCACAGCCUGGCCGCUCCGUGAAUAAGUCGUCCUCUGAAUGUGAGAUCAAAUUAUUAGCGUGAUUGUAAGCAUUCUUCCCACGGCAUCUGCUGACGCAUCAACUACCGACUUUCAUAGCUCACCUAUUCAGCAAACCAAUUAAGAGCGUACACUGGAAACGCCAACAGCCAUAGAGCCAUACAGCAGUGCAAAACCAGCCCGGCCGGCCUUUCCCUCUGCAGAGUGAGCUGUCCGAGCGGUGCUGGGCGGACUGCAGGCAUUCACGGUUGGGCCCUUUGCGACACCUACAACUAAAUGCUCGAAGCAAAACGUAGUAAGAAAACACAUCCCGCUGAGAUGGAGGUGCAAAGGUCUAUGGCUACUGUUGCAGCCACCAAACAGCUUCCAGCCUCUAGAAAUCUCUUGCCUAGGGGGCAGCUCGAUGCAGAGUCUUUACACUUAACGUCACCUCGUGUUUUUUUCCUUCUGUGAGCGUGCUCGGGUGCUUUUUGAUGCCCUGUGACCUCUUAGAACUUUCAAGCAGGAAAUACCACUGCUCAAUUAACUGCUGUGCGGAGAGCCUCCUCCUCCUGGCUGCUUUUAACCCGCCACCUGCUAGUUUCGUUUGAUGCUCUCUAGUUCUUACAUUAGAAAAGAAAGCAAGCAGUGCAUCCCUAUUCUUCUCUACUACCGUCUCUACAGCCUAUACUACAGCUCUACAGCCCCAGGCCGUGCAGUUGCUCGGGCACCGGGGGCACUCCAUGUUUGCUGCUCUCCUCUGAGCCUUUGCCGCUGUGCCCUAUGGGAGGCGGAGGGGCUCCCCGUUGUGCUCUGUUCCACAGUUCCCCACCAGCUCUGUGACACCUGCAGGGCACCCAGGUGACCCUCUGCAGCGUGGUGAUGACUGAGCGGCAGCUGGGUGGAUUCUCACAUCGGGGACUGCCUCCACCCUGCUCGGGGUCAGCACCGCUGGCUGUGCGCCACCGUUUCCUACGGAGACCUCGAGUCUAUAAAGAACCAGGAAACCGAGUUUCCAGUUAGCAUGUUUUGGCUCUGUGGAUACAGCUCGCUCACGUGAACACGCGUGCAAGAAUGUAUAGACGCGCACGUACGCAGGAUAGGAGUGGAUGCCACUCUGUACUUAUGCAGGACCUUUUGCAACGAGUAGUUCCUUAUCUCCCACUGCGCUCGAGGCCUUUCCCUCAUCGUCUCUGGGCACAGUUGGGAUGACGCACGCAGCCUCCCUUCGGCCAGUCGGACCUCUGCGGCGCGCAGCGGGCUCCUUCCAGCGCAGGUAACAAUGCCUGUCGAAAGAAUGCGGAUGCGCCCAUGGCUGGAAGAACAAAUAAAUUCUAACACAAUACCAGGGCUGAAAUGGAUAAAUAAGGAGAAGAAGAUUUUUCAGAUUCCCUGGAUGCAUGCUGCAAGACAUGGGUGGGAUGUUGAAAAAGAUGCUCCCUUAUUUAGAAACUGGGCAAUUCACACAGGAAAAUACCAGUCAGGAGUAGAUAAACCCGACCCAAAGACAUGGAAGGCAAACUUCCGGUGUGCUAUGAACUCUCUGCCUGAUAUAGAAGAAGUGAAGGACAAAAGUAUAAAGAAAGGAAACAAUGCCUUCAGGGUGUACCGGAUGCUGCCAUUAUCUGAAAGACCAUCCAAAAAAGGAAAAAAAACGAAGUCUGAGAAGGAUGACAAGUUCAAACAAAUUAAGCAAGAGCCAGUUGAAUCAUCUUUUGGGAUUAAUGGGCUAAAUGAUGUUACUUCUGACUAUUUCCUGUCCUCCAGUAUAAAAAAUGAAGUUGACAGUACAGUGAACAUUGUAGUUGUAGGACAGCCGCACCUUGAUGGCAGCAGUGAGGAGCAGGUGAUAGUUGCCAAUCCUCCAGAUGUUUGCCAGGUAGUAGAGGUGACAACAGAAAGCGAUGAGCAGCCUCUCAGCAUGAGCCAGCUGUACCCCCUACAGAUCUCCCCUGUCUCGUCCUAUGCAGAAAGUGAAACGACCGACAGCGUUCCAAGCGAUGAAGAAAAUGCAGAGGGACGACUUCAUUGGCAGAAGAAAAACAUUGAAGGCAAACAGUAUCUCAGCAAUCUGGGAAUGCGGAACACUUCUCAUAUGCUUCCCAGCAUGGCUACUUUUGUAGCCAACAAGCCUGACCUCCAGGUCACCAUCAAAGAAGAAAGCUGCCCGCUGCCUUACAACAGCUCCUGGCCCCCUUUCCCAGACAUCCCUCUGCCACAAGUAGUGUCCACAGCCUCCACUAGCAGCAGCCGGCCGGACCGCGAGACACGGGCCAGCGUCAUCAAGAAAACGUCAGACAUCACCCAGUCAAGAGUCAAGAGCUGCUAAGCCUUUGACAGUGUGUUUUUUAGCUUUGUUUUGUUUGGUUUUGUAUUUUACGUUUCUCUAGGAGAGGUUCAACCCUUGACGCACAUUAGACAAAUCUAAGGUAAAGAAAGCCUUGGCAAUAUCAAACAUUGCUGUGUCUGACUCCAGUGCCGGAGUGUUUUUAACUCAGGACUCCAGCCGUCAGUGUGUACAUCUGAACCCAGGUGGACUUGCAAGGUUGCUACGUAGGAAAAUAAAACAAGAACUUUGGCCCACUUGCAGGUUCCAGUGUUUCAUAAGAGGACCAACUGACCACAAGGGAAGUGGUGCUGCUGCGCUUCUUGCUGUCAAGGCUGUGAUGGAACUGAAAGCCUCAGAAUGGAAGAGAAAAUGUGAACUAGCUGGAAUAUUUUUAAAUAAAAAAAAAAAUCUAUUGUGAAUAUUGUACAUAGUGCAGUACUAGCAACGUUGCAGUCUGCUUCUGCACCUUAUUAAGAAAGCACUUACAAAAGGCCUUUUAUUACCUUGCUCUACUUAAUGGCACAUUGAAGGUCCCUCCCCACCUGUAUUCUUUUCCAAGGCUAUUCUUGCUAAAGUGUCUUUAAAGAAUAGUGGAAAGGAAAGAAAGUUAAAACUUCCCAUGUGGAUUUCAUACAUUUUAAGACUGCUUUUCUCGUGUUUGUUUUCUAAUCUGCUAUGCUUGAAUGCCGCGUGGUACAAUAGGGGGAAAAAAAAACCUAUUACAGAGAUGUUAUGCAAAUUCCCAGAUUUAAAACAAAGAAGAAGAAUACUCUAAUUCUAACCAGAGCAAGCUUUUUUAUUUUUUAUACAGGGGAAUAUUUUAUUCAAAAUAAAAUUCUAAAGUGAAUAUAAUUUUUUUUAAUCUUUUCUACAGCAAAUUUAUAAUUUUAAGAUUCAAUCCUUGGUUAUCAGCAGUUAUUACAUCCUUGUGGCACAUUUUUUUUUUUUUUUUAAUUUUGUAAAGGUGAAAUAGCUUUUAUGAGCUCAUGUAGCAAUCAGAUUAUCCUGUGGAUUGAUAAUAAAUAUGGUAUAUAGUUAAAUUUUUAAUAA